UGGGGGGAACGCGCGGGGAAGGCGGAGGAGGGGGCGGGCUCGCAAUCCGGUUCCAUCCGGUUCUCCCACCGCCCCCGCCGCGGGUCGCAGCUUCUCCGGUGGCGGCUGUAGCCGGACAGCGCAGCUCGGCGGAAGCUCUCGGCGCGCCGCCCGCCCGCCCGCCCGCAAUCCCAGGCGCCACGAUGCCCAAGAGGAAGGUGAGCUCGGCCGAGGGGGCCGCCAAGGAGGAGCCCAAGCGGAGGUCGGCGCGGCUGUCUGCGAAACCCGCGCCGCCCGCCAAGGUGGAAGCGAAGCCCAAGAAGGCGGCCGCCAAGGACAAAGCUCCGGACAGGAAGGUGCCGGCAAAAGGGAAGCGGGGAGCCAAGGGGAAGGCGGCGGAGGUGGCCAACCAGGAGGCGAAGGAGGACGUCCCUGCGGAGAACGGAGAGGCCAAGAGCCAGGAGAGUCCAGUCUCUGACGCAGCAGGAGAGAAAGAGGCCAAGGCUGACUGAGCGCACCGACCGAGUUUCACCAGGGAUCCCCUUUUCCCUUCUUGUACAAUCCAGAGGAAUAUUUUUAUCAACUAUUUUGUAAAUGCAAGUUUUUUAGUAGCUCUAGAAACAUUUUUAAGGAGGGAAUCCCACCUCAUCCCAUUUUUUAAGUGUAAAUGCUUUUUUUUAAGAGGUGAAAUCAUUGCUGGUUGUUUAUUUUUGGGUACAACCAGAAAAUAGUGGGGUAUUGUAUCUGGGAGGCUCUGAUUGUCUGGGCGGCCGCCUGACAUUCCAUAGAUGGGGCUAGUUUUUAUAUCUUGUUCUGCAAAUAUUUACUAAUUGGCCAUGUGGAGUCAAAAGACACACAUCUGUUUGUCCCGAGCAUUCAGGAUCACUUCUUGUCCCGUGUUGUUUUGGGUAGGCUGUUUCCUAAAGAAAACCACUCCUCGGCCUCGCUUUCCAUCAGAAUUCCAUUCCUGCACUUGAUGUGACAUCUGUGGUCUUGGUAAUUCCAGUUGUCCCUGUAACUUUGUCAACGUGCUGUGAGAAGUGCAGGUGGAGUGUGUCGUGUACAUGCUACUAAUUGUGAACCCGCGGGCCUGGACGCUGUCACAGCUCACCAGCAUCUGCAGAUGCUGCCACUUGAUGCCAGCUGAGGAAGGUUGACCUCCAGGAUGGGAGCUGGGCAGUCACUGGAUGACUUGAGUGUGUCGCGACGACUAGGCCUGCGUUCGUGCAUCGAGAAUUGUGUACAAACUGCACUGUUGUUCAGAUACCAAUAAAAUGUUAUCAGGAA